AUUUUCAAUUAGCAAUAUUUUCAUUUUUUGAAAAACGUUGCUCUUUUUUCUGAACACUUUGAAACAAUAUUAGCUAAAAUUUUCAUGAGAAAAAAUUCCAAAUCUUUAUCAUUUAUCAUCAUUAUUUGUUUUUCCAAUACAAUACAAUUAAAUUCAAUUCAAUACAAUCAUUAUAAACGUUGUUAUAUAUUGCUACGUCUUGUUUAUUUUUGGGACACAGAAUUGCGAAUUCUGUUGAUCAACAAUCACAACAUACACACACACACGCACACAUGAAAGAGUACAAACUGUUGUGAUUAAAUGUAAAUAUUUUAGGGAAAAAAAAUACCAAAUUAAUGUGAUUAUAUACAAUGAUGAUAAUGAUAAUUGUUGAUGCUAAAAAUGGAUUAAUUUAUUGCAAUUUAUCAGAAAUCAACAACAUUCAACAUCUCGAAAAUUAUCACCGUUGUCGUCGUAGCAUCAUUCCUCAUCAUCAACAUCAACAUCAUCAUCAUCAUCCAAUAACAACAGUGAUACCGAUAGCGUCAUCUGAUGGUCAAAAUCUUUGCAAAAAAAAGCGGCAUAAAAUUUUAAUUAUUCAAUUUAUAUGUUUCAAAUAUAUCAAUGGAUAACUUUUAUCGUAUAAAUAUGGAUGGAAUUUUUUUUUGUUUGCAGCCAUGACUGAUUAAGUGUUGACUGAUUUUUUUUUACACUAUCAAUUCUCUUUCUCCGUGUGUUUUUUGUGUGUGUGUGUGUGGUAUUUCGAAUUAUCGAAAUUUACAUCAUCGUUCACGUGGAUAAUUAAAUGUUUCACAUUUAAAUUGCUGAUUCAUCAUUGGAUUAAAGUUGAAAUUUUGAUUGUUUUGAAUUUUAAAAAUUUCGUUUCCAUUGUGGUCAUAUUUUGAGUGGCAAAAUAUAAUUAAAAAAAUUUAACAAAUUAUUCUAUAAGGUUCAGUGUUUUGUGACUUUUGUGUGUUUGUGUUUGUUCGUAUGUGAAUGUGUUCGGUGUAUGAGCAGCAAAAACAAAGAAAUAAAAACGUGAUAAAAAUUUUGAAAUGUUCAUUCUUACCAAGAUACGAUAUAAUUCUAAUUGGUCAAUAACAACAUUGAAAAAAUUCAAGAGAAAAUCAUUUGAUUGAUUGAUUGAUGAUUGUUUUGGAACUGUCUGAUCGUUCGAUGGUUAAAUUGCUGGCUAAUACAUUUUUUUCUCUGGUGGUUUUGUUAUCAAGUUUUAGUUUGUUUUUGGAAGCAAAAUAUUUUUUUGAUUUGAUUUGAUUAAUAUCAUUAUAUUGAUGGUGGUGACAACGAUGCAAAAAAGUGAAGAAAAUGAAGCCGAUAAUUCGGCAACGAAUCAAGAAAAACAAGAAGAAACAGUUAAUCAUGGCGAAGAAAACAAAAAUAAUGAUAAAGAUGAUAAUAAUAAAAGCGAAGAAAACGAUAAAGAACAACAACAACAAGAAGAACAAUCGAUCCAAGAAUAUAUCAAAGAAUUGUCUGAAAGAUAUAAAGAGAAACGUGAAAAACGUUAUGAACACAAUGUAUCAAAUAUUGAAUAUCCGGAUGAAGAUUUAUUCGUCAAGUUAGAUACUUCGAUCAAAAAGAAUACGGCAUUCGUGAAGAAAAUUCGUAAUAUGACUGAAUCGAAUAAAGAUGUCAUUAUGAAAGAUUUAGAAAAUCUUAAUCUAUCUCGUUUCAUUUCUGAAUUGGCUACGGCAUUAGUGGAAACGAAAAUUAAAGCCAAUGAAAUCGGAAUGUUCAUACAGAUUUGUUCAUUUCUUCAUCUUCGUUAUUGUGACUUUGCUGCUCAUUUAUUCGAUGCUUGGAAUAAAAAUCUUCCACGGAAACCUUCUGAUCAGUUUAAUGCAUCGAAAAUGCGAGUCGACAUAAAAAUCUUUACCGAAUUAAUUCUAUCCGGCAUUUUCACGACCAAAGAUUCAUUACCAGCGUUGGGAAAUUUACUUACAAUUUUAACGAAUGCCGAUAAAGAAACACAUAAAAAUAUAAGCAUUUUGGUGGCAUUCUGUCGUGGUUAUGGUGUAGAAUUUGCCGGCCUUUAUCCACGCCGUCAACGAAUGUUGGCCGAAAAAUUCCAAUUACAAUUACCUGUUUGCGAUUUUCUUUCAGUGGAACGACAACGAGGUGUUCAAACAUUACUCAAAGAUUAUUAUCAUUCAUUAAUACAACACAUAUCCAAAGAUCGUAAAUACCUUUUCCAUUUGAAAAACGAUAUGAAACGUAGCCUUGAAACACGUGGUGAAGUAUCUGAAGCAUUACAAGAAAAAUGGAAAACCAAAUCGGUUGAAUUUGAAAAAUUGUAUCAAACAGCUACAACAUUUGCCGAUCUGAUCGAUGAAGAAAUGCCCGAUAUCGACACACAGGCAUUGGAAAAUGAUACUAUGUUGAUGAAAAAUGAAAAUGUAACUGCCGUUUUGUUUGAUCUAAAUCGUUUCAAAGAAAAUAAUCCAUCCAUAUGGGAUGAUGAAGAAACACGAAUAUUCUAUGAAAAACUUCCUGAUUUAAAAUCAUUAGUACCGGCCAUGCUUUAUAAAGAUAGUCUUAAAGAUGAAUCGACAAUGGCUACGAAUAAUAAUGAAGCUUCUGGUAAAGAAAAUGGUGAAUCAAACGAUGGAAAUCUACCACCAGCAAGUAGUUCGACUGAAAUUGAAACCGAUCAAAAUCUUGACCUAUCCAAAGAAGAUGAUCUAAUAUUAACAGGUGAUGAUACAUCUAUACCAGAUCCCAAAGAUGUACCAUUAUUGAAUGAAAAUGAUGAUGUCGAUCCAGAUUCAUCUACAAUGAAAUAUGAUAAAAACAAAAUCCGUAUUGUAAAAUUUAAUUUCAAUGCAACCAAAGAUCAGCUGGAUACAUAUUUCUCUAGUCUUCCUAAUUGUGUUAAUUGUGAUCUGAUCGAUAAAGCCGCCCUACAUUUUGCAACGACAUUCAAUACGAAAAAUAAUCGAAAAAAAUUGGUCGAUGUAUUGAUUCGAGUGCCACGAACCCGUUUGGAUUUAUUACCAUUCUAUGGACGGUUUGUUGCUCAAUUAGCACCAAUCAUGCCAAGUGUUUCCACCGAACUUUGUAUUGGCCUUAAAAAUCAAUUCCGUUAUAAUUUUUACAAAAAAGAUCAAGUAUACAUUGAAAGUAAGGUGAAAAUUGUAAGAUUCAUCGGUGAAUUGGUCAAAUUCAAUUUGUUUUCUAAAACGGAAGCGCUCAAAAUUCUUAAGACUCUAUUAUCGGAUUUUCAUCAUCAUCACAUUGAAAUGACUUGUAAUUUAUUUGAAGUUUGUGGCCGUUAUCUAUAUCGUUGCCCUGAAUCACAUCAUAUGACCAAUUUAUUAUUACAACAAAUGAUGCGUCUGAAGAAUCACAUGUAUGUUAACACUCGAUAUGAAACAAUGAUACAGAAUGCAUAUUAUUCGGUUACACCUGAAGAUAAAUCGGCUGCUCGUAACAUACAAACAAAACCUGUAAUGCAUCAAUACAUUGAACAUUUGGUUUAUACAGAAUUAUCACGAAAAACUGUAUCGAAUGUAUUGAAAAAACUUCGACGUAUCGAUUGGAAUGAUAAAGAAAUCAAUGCAUUUGCCAUUCAAUCUUUGGCAUCAGCAUGGAAAGUUAAAUGUGAUAAUAUUCCAGCAUUGGCUAGCCUAUUAUCCAAUCUUUCGCAACAUCGAUCACAAACAGUGUUGAUGGUAAUGGACACUGUAUUGGAAAAUAUUCGUAUUGGGAAGCAAAUGAAUUCAUUAGAAUAUAAUCAACGUCGUAUAUCGACCAUAAAAUUUUUUGCCGAAUGUUUCAACUAUAAUCUUGUUGAUUCAACGUUAUUGUUCAAUGUAAUGUAUUCCUUGUUGAUAUAUGGCGUUGAUUAUAAUGAUGCUGGAAAAAGUCCUAUGGAUCCACCAUUCAAUUUAAUGCGUCUUCGUUUGGUCGCUCAAAUAUUACAUAUUUGUGGCCAUUUUUUAAUGUCACCAGCUGCUAAGAAAAAAUUGGAUUUUUUUCUAUUCUUUUUCCAACGUUAUUAUUGGCUAAAAAAAUCGUAUAUAAAUUCAUUACCUGUUGAACAAAUCGAUCAGAUGGCUUUGUUCUAUAUUGAUGCAAUAUUUGCUGAUGUUUUACAAUUUUUACGACCAAAAUUUAAAAAAGCUCAAUCAUAUCAACAAUCUUGUGAACUAUUGGAAAAACGUCUGAAAGAGUUGGCUGAAAAUGUUAAAGAUGUAUUACCUAAUUCAAACGUAUCAAUUAAGAAUGUAUUAACACCAUCAACUAAUUCAUCAAACAUGCAACCACCCAUCAAUGAUGGGCAACUCGAACCAAUCAAAGAGGAUUCUGAAAAUGAAAUCGAUGAAAAUGGUGGCGACAAAAAGAAAAAUGAUGAAAAAAAUUUACUAAAAAAAGAUAGUAAUAAUAAUGACGGCAAUAAUAAUGUCAAUUGUAAUCCCCUCAAUAAUGAUGGCGAUAUUAAUAGUGAUAAUAAUUCCGGUAGUAAAGGCUGCGUCGAUGGUGAUUAUGACAAUAGUGAUGAAGAAGAAAUUGAAGAUCGUAGUAUUGGUAAUAUCUAUAAUGAUGGUGAUGGUUCACCCCGACCAAUUAUGCAAAAACCAGUCGAACAAAAAGAUGAUUAUGAUGAUGAUAAUAAUAAUGCGGAUAUGAUUAAUACCGAUCCUGAUGAUAGUGAUGGUGAUUUAGAUAGUAAUGAAGAUAUUGAUGAUGAGGAAGAGGAUGAUGAGGAUGACGAUGAUGGUGAUGAUAGUGAUGAAAAUCAAAAUAACAAAUCGAAUGAUGGUAGAGGAGGUGGUCUACGAAUACAUCCAUGUGAAGAGGAUGAUUUAUUUCAACGUGAUUUUGAACGUUUAAUGAUGGAAAAUCUCACCUCACGUUCACAAGAGGUAACACAACGUAUGAAUGUUGAAAUUGUCAUACCAAUCGAACGUGAUUCAGAUACAAAUAAAGCCCGACAAUUGGGUAGUGGCUAUGAAUCAUCAUUAUUUUCAUUGGAACCAUCGACUAUGUCAAACAAUAACAAAAAUCAACAAUCACAGGAAACAGAAACGAAAAGUUUCAAUUUCCGUGUGAUGACUAAAAAUCAAAAAUCUAAUAAACCAAUAUUACGAUCGAUUGAAGUACCGGCCGAUUCGGAUCUAGUACAGAAUUUCCUUGCUCGUGAACAAGCACAGAAACGUGAAAAAGAACAGGUGAAAAAAUUGAUUCUUGGCUUCAAUGAACGGCGAGAAAUGGAAGAUCAAAGUCCAAAUACUUCAAAUUCCAGUGUUGGCUCUAUCGGUAAUAAUGUUAGAUCGAUAACUGAUUAUCAACACAAUAGAUCUACUGGUGGUGGUUAUUAUCAUCAUCAACAUCAUUAUCGCGGCGGCGGUGGUGGUGGUGUUAAUUAUCGCAGACGUUUUCAAUAAUCAUCUAUCUUUGUUAAUGAUGUCAUUGGUGGUUAAUUGAAGCUGAAGAUUUUUUUAUAGUUUUUUUCUCACGAAAUGAACUUAACCAUGGAAAAUAGGAAUGAAAUCAACAGGUUAUUAUAACAGGUUUUGAAACUAAUUCAAAACAUUAUCAUCAUCAGAACAGUGAAAACAACAGGCCCAUAUUAUUAUUAUUAUUAAUACAUGUAUAAUGGGUGGAAAAAUACGAAUGAAUGUAUGGUCAUUGUGGGCGUAUUCAACUUUCGUUGUGGCACUCCUUGUUUUGUGAGAAUGAAAUGAUGAAAAUUUUUGUCAAUUCUGUGCAUUGUUUAAUUUAAUGAAAAAAUAAAAACAGAAUUAUA